AUGCUACCUGGACGUUCUGGUAACAGCUUUUCGCAAGCCUUAUCCGACACCACAACCUUCCCAACCUUACUUUACAGGGAAAUUCCAAAGCGACAGUUGGACUAUCGAAAGCCUCGGCAGGACGAUAGGGCAGAGAUACAUAAUCUCACGCCUAGGCAAAACAGCCUCCGAGUUCACCUCCUCAUCUUGGAAGUUGGAAAAUCAAAUUUCAGCCUAGGAGCACUGUAUACCGCACGGCUGACGCUCGUCGUAUAUGCCAGUAAAGUCUUCUCUUCAGUGAAAGGAAAAAUCCCAAGGGCUUCGCUUCACCUCGCCAGAAACCUGGAAGCCCUGUCCUUCUUUCGCCCAAAUUUGAGCCGUUUCGCCGUUCUUCCAAGGCCCUCAAAAAUAGCCCUCUUACGGACGCGGGGAGAACUCUCCGGCUGGGCCAAGCUCCCGGCGGGUUUAUAUAUUUAA